GCAGACUGACGAUUCCCCAUCAAAAUAGUUCAUGUGUCACCAUAUCCGGCAUUGGUUUUCCUGAAGUUUGUAAACGUCAGCAGCUGAUUUUUGACUUAGGUGUGUUCACUGUUUUAUUUUAACGUUAACUAGCGUUUAUCAGAUCAUUAGGAUCAGCGAUGCAGACCGUAGGAAGAGUGGACAACCCGGUCCUGCCUUUUGAGGGCGAUAUUCCUGGCGGACUACAGCCAGGGAAACAAGUGUUUAUUCAAGGUGACUUUCCAGUGGGCGGGGAUAGUAGUUUUGGCAUAAAUUUCAAGUGUGGAAGGGGCAAUGCAGAUGUUGCCUUCCACUUCAACACUCGUGUCGGACAAGGUUGCGUGGUACGGAACACUUUACAGAAUGGUUCUUGGCAGCAGGAAGAAAGAGGGGGAGGACUGCCAUUUAGUGUUGGACAACAUUUCGAAAUGAUCUUUUUAGUGGAGGAAAAACAGUUCAAGGUUGCAGUUAAUGGAAAACACUUCAUUGAGUACCGCCACCGUAUUCCGAUAGCACGAGUCAACAUCUUGCAGAUAACGCAUGGUAUAAAUGUCAGAGUCAUUAGGUAUGAUGCUCCAUACUCAAUUCAACCUGCUGUGCACUACCCACCAGCAAAUGUAGGCUACAAUCCAGGCCCACCACCAGCAAAUUUAGACUACACUCCACCAAUGGGAUGCUUGCCACCAGUUGGCAGUGGAAGUUAUGGUAAAGUGACAGGACCCUGUAUUGGUUUUGGAGUUCCACAUCAAGCUAUGGGCUAUACACCACCACCUGGCCCAGGAUACACGCCACCACCUUCCAAUUCUGCUUACCCUUCAAUGCCACAAGACAUAACUCCCAUAUAUAACCCACCAGUCCCCUUUAUCGGAUUUAUCCCACCAUCUGGACUGACCAAUGGGAAGCUCCUGCAUAUCUCCGGGGUCACUGGACCAAACAGAUUUUCCGUGAACAUUCAGGACAAUCCUGGGGAGCCCUGUGAUAUUGCCUUCCAUUUUGAUGUGAGGUUAAAUGUUAAUGAAAUCGUACGCAACACAAAAUCAAAUGGCCAGUGGGGCGCAGAGGAAAGGCAGAAUCCCUACCUCCCUUUCAGACCAAACGCCAACUUUGACAUGAUGAUCUUGUGUGAAGAACAAUGCUUUAAGGUGGCAGUCGAUGGGAAGCACUUUAUUGAAUACAAACAUCGUCUACAGCCUUUGGACCGAUUCAAGUACUUGAAUAUUGUGGGAGAUGCCAAAAUCACACAGAUCAGAUUUCAAUGAAAAGACUCAUUGAAUCUUAAUCCUUGUGGAAAAAUGAAGGGUUUGGUUGGGGAUGGGGGGAAUUAUUUCCUCGUAGGAUGCAAACUCUCCCCGUAAAUUAUGCAUUUAUUGUACAUUUAAUACUAGCUAAUGUCACAGAAAUGCAAUAUUUGCAAAAGAGAAUGCAAUAUUAUAGUGUUACAAUUUUUUAGGGUAUCAAGUGACUUUCUAAUGUGCAUGUAGGCCUAUAUUAAUGUUUUACAAAUAUCAUGCUUCAAUGUUUCAGAGAAAUUUAUGAGAUAAUAUAGCUUAAUAUGUGUUUGAUAGCUUUAAGUACAUUUAAUACUACAUAUUUUCUUUGUUGUAGAUAGUAUUUUCAAAACAUUACCUCUAAGCUUAUUUGUAGAUACUAGUAUAUUCACUGAAUGAAAACUUCACGAUAUGGAUACCUUUGUAUACUAGCUCACAAUGGCAGAGUGAGUGCUCCAGUGUGAUUUUCAAAACAUUCAAUAUAUAUUUACUUAUUUAUGUAAAUUUAAAUUAUUUUAUUAUCAAAUUAUUGUUUUUUAAUUAAUUAUUUCAAUUAUAAUGAUUAUCUAGAUUAUUAUCAUUAUUUUUUAGAUAUUGAAAUUCAUUUGAUGGUUAGUUUGGGAUCUCUAGAUCUGUAUUACCUCUCUAAAGACAAUAUUUCUUUUUAUUGUUACUGUUGUGUAUGUAGGUAGGGACUGUGAGAUUUUAUUGUUAUAAUUGUAUAUGUAGGUAAGGACUGUGAGAUAUUAUUGUUAUAAUUGUAUAUGUAGGUAGAGACUGUGAGAUAUUAUUGUUAUAAUUGUAUAUGUAGGUAGAGACUGUGAGAUAUUAUUGUUAUAAUUGUAUAUGUAGGUAGAGACUGUGAGAUAUUAUUGUUAUAAUUGUAUAUGUAGGUAAGGACUGUGAGAUUUUAUUGUUAUAAUUGUAUAUGUAGGUAGGGGCUGUGAGAUUUUAUUGUUAUAAUUGUAUAUGUAGGUAGGGACUGUGAGAUAUUAUUGUUAUAAUUGUAUAUGUAGGUAAGGACUGUGAGAUUUUAUUGUUAUAAUUGUAUAUGUAGGUAGGGGCUGUGAGAUAUUAUUGUUAUAAUUGUAUAUGUAGGUAGAGACUGUGAGAUUUUAUUGUUAUAAUUGUAUAUGUAGGUAGGGACUGUGAGAUUUUAUUGUUAUAAUUGUAUAUGUAGGUAGGGGCUGUGAGAUAUUAUUGUUAUAAUUGUAUAUGUAGGUAGGGGCUGUGAGAUAUUAUUGUUAUAAUUGUAUAUGUAGGUAGGGGCUGUGAGAUAUUAUUGUUAUAAUUGUAUAUGUAGGUAGAGACUGUGAGAUAUUAUUGUUAUAAUUGUAUAUGUAGGUAGGGGCUGUGAGAUUUUAUUGUUAUAAUUGUAUAUGUAGGUAGAGACUGUGAGAUAUUAUUGUUAUAAUUGUAUAUGUAGGUAGGGGCUGUGAGAUAUUAUUGUUAUAAUUGUAUAUGUAGGUAGAGACUGUGAGAUAUUAUUGUUAUAAUUGUAUAUGUAGGUAGAGACUGUGAGAUAUUAUUGUUAUAAUUGUAUAUGUAGGUAGGACUGUGAGAUAUUAUUGUUAUAAUUGUAUAUGUAGGUAGAGACUGUGAGAUUUUACAAUUUUGCAGUGUUUAUGAUAUCGAUGUACAAUAGCAAUUUUGAAACCUAAGUAUGGAUGACUCUAGGAAAGAAACAAUAAUAAACUUUACUGGAAAUUAUUAAAAGAUGUUUUACAGACAAAAAGGGCAACCCACAGGGUCUGAGCCCAUUUUGGGCAUGGUAUCACAGAAUUCGAGCCCAAAAUGGGCUUAGCCCCUGUGGGUCAACCAAUGAAUUGCUACCUGUAGAAUAUAAGGAAGUCAUAUAGCAUUCUUAGAUAUUGAUGAAAUAGAAUACAGAAUUAAUGUUAUAAAUGCUGACAAGCUUAGGGUUUUGCCAUAAAUGUAGUUACAAUGUCAAAAUACUAUUGAUGAUAUUAUAUAGAAGAAGAUGAAGUAAUUGACAUCUGUUUUAUGAGUCAGUAAAUUUGCUAUUGGACCAGCUUGUAUUAGUCAUAAAAUGUUAAAGGCAACAAUGUAUACAUGUACCGGUAAGCGUUCUAUUUACAUGUAGUUGUCUUUUUAACAAGUCUCUGUCAGAAAAAACAUUCCUGGUUUUUGGACACUGGCCCAAACACUACCUUGGAACCCCUCAAUUUCAGGAACUUAUAUAGACCAGUUUCUCCUUCAAGCUGUGUGAAUGGAAAGAAAUAUACUUAAACUUGAAUCAAAUUAUUUUCGAAGUAACACACUAUUUUACAAAUACAAAGUCAGAUGUUCUACAGUUUAUCAUCUUAUUGAACCAUACCAUAUUGUGAAGAAUAUUGAUGAAGGGUGAUGGCUGUAUAGAUUUUGCAAAUUUUCAAAAGCUUUUUUGUAAAAUAGAGAGUUUGGAUUAAGGGUCUUUUCAUAUAUACAUGUAAAUGAAUGGAUUGUGUGGAAAUCUUUUAAAUGGUUUAGUAGCUAUUUGUGCAAUAUAUAUAAGAAAGAAAUAUAUUAAGAUGUGUUAUAUCAUCUACAUGUAUAGUUUAAGUGGAGUUGAGUACCACAAGGAUCCCUGCUUAGACCACUUUUGUUUUGAAUUUAUGUUAGUCACUUGGCAUGAAACAUGUGCUGCCCUUCUGUAAAUUAUUGUAUAAAUAUUAUAAUAUAUUCAAUUUGGCAUGCUGAUAAGAAUUUAAAUGAUAUAGAAAAUGUGUUAAAUCAUUAUCCCAGACUAUGAGGAAAAUGGUUGAAUUUAAUUUUAAUAAAACCAGUGUUGUAGUUUUAGCAAGAAUUCCAAAAUUCUUUUUAAGGUUGUCAAUUAAAAUUAAAUCUUAUCGGUGUGUCUUUUUCAAUGGUUUAGCAGCUAUUUGUGUAAUAGAUAUAAUAAAGUAAUGUAUAAAGAUGUGUUACUUUAAGUGAAGUAACACAAGGAUCUGUUCUUAGUCCACUGUUGUUUUUAAUUUAUGUUCGUGAUGUAGCAAAAUUUAUACUGUCUUUUUGUAUAUUUUAUACAGAUCUGAUAUUAAAUACAAUUUUAUUAUAUGCAGGUAAGAAUUUCAAUAAAUAUAGAAAAUGUG